UACAAAACAACCUCCCGCCGGACUAGUUAGAGUGCAACACUCCUGAUGACGACAUUUCCGGUUUAGUGAAAAGCUGUGCUACUGGCAUUAUAUGCUGCUUACUUUUGGAAAUUGACUGAUUAGGUAAACAGACGAAGGCCAGUCCGAACGCUGACCACGAGCUCGAUGACUCAGCGGAAUGGCGGAGCCGUGGGAUUUUGAGUUCUUGUCCCGCAUCGCCGACAGCUGCCUAUCGUUCCUCUACGAGUUUGUAGAUGACUGGCUGGCCAACGACAUGAGAGUAUUUAUCUUCAAAAUCUUACUCAGCUGGUUAAUUUUUAGUCUGGUCGCUAUUCACUUUGCAUGGAAAGUGUAUGGAAGUACAGUGAACAACAUGUAUUAUCGGCAAGGAACCGGGCAGAACGGAGGCACACCUGAUGGGUCUCCUCACCUGGGCACCUGGGAAAGUAACGCAGGGGACAAUCUGAAGACUCACCGGGAUUGACAGGAUACGGACGAUGGGACUUCAUCUGAACAGGGACCGUAUGGUUUACUUCAAAACCAUCAAAUGUGCUUUGAAAUUCUUCAUUGAAGACGCCUUUGUUAUUUUGGAUUUGGUCUACAGAGAGACUCAGCUUCCCUGAAGAGGUUCAGACAGUGCUGGACAGUUUGCGUGACUGUUGAUUUUGCUUGCCUUUUCUGGUCAUGUUGUUAAUGCAUUUCAAUACACAUUAAAGUGGUUUUGUGCAGUUUG